AUGGGAGUGGGAAAAAGAGAACAGCAUUUCAGAGAGGGGAAUGGCGUGUUCACAAGCCCAGAGAACCGAUACAGUGAUUCUGAGGAACUAGCCGAGUACGAGAAACUCUCGGACCAGGUGAAGAUCAGUGAGGAAGCCCUGAGAGCAGAUGGCUUCGGAGAGAAUCCUUUCUAUCACUGUUUCGUGGCCGAACUCCUUCCCGCCGGGAGGGAGCCACAGGGGCCCUGCCUGGCGGUGGGCUACGGGUUGUACUACUUCAUCUAUAGCACGUGGAAAGGGCGCAGCGUUUAUUUGGAAGACAUCUAUGUGAAGCCCGAAUAUCGGGGUCAGGGGAUUGGUUCCAAAUUAAUCAAAAAAGUGGCUGAGGCGGCCCUGGAAAGGGGCUGCUCCCAGCUGCGCCUCGCAGUCCUGGACUGGAACGAGAGGGCCAUGGACUUGUACAAGGCCCUAGGAGCCCGCGACCUGACCGAAGCUGAGGGCUGGCACUCCUUUCGCUUUGAAGAAAAGGCGAUGAGGGAGUUGGCAGGAAAGUGAUGCCAAUCCUUGGGCGUCUCUCUCUUUGGCCUCCCCCCCACCUGCUCAAGCACUCCUCAGAGACUUGUCCCCACGGACAAGGGCCACCCUGAAGGAAGAGAGGUUGGGAGUCACCAAAUCGGAAGUCUGGGAAAGAGCAGAAUUGAGGGAGAGGCCCUUCCGCCUCCUGGGUGAGGAUGAGAAAUAAAUGAGAAUUAUUGUAUCCUGAUGCGGUGCUGAUAUAGCAGUUGAUGGUCCAAUAAAGCUCCAGCGACUUCA